AUGGCGACGAUGUCGACGGUAUCCUGGCAUAAUAGUCAUGAUCAUAGUAAUGCACCAGCUGCUGCUGCUACCGCUGCUGUUAGAUCAGCCGGCAUUCAACAGCCGGAAAAGUCACCGAUUAUGCCUUCGAGCAGCGGAUCUACGUGUCCGCCGAGUAAUUUUCCCGAUAAGUUUCAGGAUUUUUUCGCUGUUCUCAAUGAGGACGUUGAUGAUUUACCUAGCAUGCUUGAGGACAAGUUGAUACCCAGAAAGGGUGUUUAUUCUGGACUGGAAAGUUUUGGUAAUAAUAAUAAUAAUAUCAGUGCCAGUAACAACAAGCAACGUUGGGUGAAGCGAGCAUUUCAGCGGCGUAGUAGCGAAGUGGAAGUACGAUUGCAUGCGAUGGCUUACUCGGAGAAUCCGAAUUUCAGUGGUGCAGGUGGACUAGAAGGACCAAAAUUACCGGCACCCUCGAGAAGACGCAGCUCAAGUAUUGCUGUUGCCCGACCAACUCCCGACCUUCACAGGUUUUUACAAGCGGAGGCUGGCCCUUGGGGUCAUUUGUCGCCAUCGCCUCGGAGUCCGACGCGCACCCCAGCUUUUAGUCCAGGCGCCACAUCAACGACAUCCCAACAUCUCAGUCCCGGUACUAGUUCUGGGGGACCAAGUCCUACUAGUCCAGCUGCCCCUAGUGCCGCCAGUGCGUCGACCUCGAGGUUGCCGCUUCAGCCAAGGCAGCGUGGCAGGACCAGCAGUAUGCCAGCGGUACCUAGGCAUAAGAUCCCUUGGAAGAUGUAG